AUGACUGCGCCAAUCUCCACGGUCGCGGAGACCAACGAGCUUCGGGGCUUGAACCUCAUUGCUGCCCAUUCACAUAUCAGGGGGCUUGGUGUUGAUGCAGACUCUUUGCAGCCAAGGACGUCCUCGCAGGGCCUGGUAGGCCAGGAGAAGGCGCGAAAGGCCGCUGCCGUGAUCCUGCAGAUGGUUAAAGAGGGCAAAAUCGCCGGUCGCGCCGUGUUAAUCGCUGGGCCCCCCAGCACUGGAAAAACAGCGAUCGCCAUGGGCAUGGCACAGUCCCUAGGAUCUGAUGUUCCAUUCACAAUGCUCGCUUCCUCGGAGAUCUUUUCUAUGGAGAUGUCGAAAACGGAGGCCCUUACGCAGGCUUUCCGAAAAUCCAUUGGUGUUCGCAUUAAGGAGGAGAGUGAGAUUAUUGAGGGUGAAGUGGUGGAGAUUCAGAUUGACCGGAGCGUGACUGGUGGUAAUAAACAAGGAAAACUCACAAUCAAAACCACCGACAUGGAGACGAUUUACGACAUGGGCACGAAAAUGAUCGACUCAAUGACUAAGGAGCGUGUGAUGGCUGGAGAUAUCAUCUCCAUCGAUAAGUCGUCCGGCAAAAUCACCAAACUGGGACGUUCCUACGCACGUUCGCGGGAUUACGAUGCCAUGGGUGCCGAUACCAAAUUUGUGCAGUGCCCUGAGGGUGAACUCCAAAUCCGCAAGGAAAUCGUGCAUACCGUGAGCCUGCAUGAAAUCGAUGUAAUUAACUCUCGGUCGCAAGGGUUUUUGGCUCUCUUUUCCGGUGAUACGGGUGAAAUCCGCAGCGAAGUUCGAGAUCAAAUCAACACGAAGGUUGCUGAAUGGAAGGAAGAAGGCAAGGCAGAAAUUAUUCCCGGGGUUCUGUUCAUCGAUGAAGUGCACAUGCUUGAUAUUGAAUGUUUCUCCUAUAUUAAUCGUGCCCUAGAGGCAGAGCUCGCACCCAUCGUCAUCAUGGCUAGCAACCGCGGCAACGCCCGGAUUCGGGGAACAACCUACACUUCGCCCCAUGGGCUGCCUCUUGAUUUCCUCGACCGCGUGGUUAUCGUUAGCACGCAGCCCUACUCAGGCGACGAGAUCAGACAAAUCUUGGCCAUCCGUGCUCAAGAAGAAGAGAUUGACCUAUCCCCAGACGCAUUGGCACUUCUGACCAAGAUUGGACAGGAAUCUAACCUCCGAUAUGCUAGCCAUAUUAUCACAACAUCCCACCUCCUUAGUCAGAAGCGGAAGGCCAAGGAGGUGAGUAUUGAUGACGUGCAGCGCAGCUACCAAUUGUUCUACGACCCUGCCCGAAGUGUCAAAUUUGUCAACGCAUACGAGCAACGCUUCAUUAGUGACCAAGGUGUCGUGAAUUUUACUGCAAAUGGAGAUGCCAUGGAGAUUUCGUGA